AUGUUGGGUUGGCGUCACCAGUACACAGCCUUCCUGGGCAGUCGACAGGGGGUAGCACUGCAACCCCGGCUUCGCUACACAACGGAGGCAUCUCUCGGCGACACCGCGAUGGCCGUAGUGCAGCUCGACACGGACGACCAUCAACCUGAGAACGGCUUCGUGUCCCCCGAAACCACGUCGCCGGGGCUGCUGACACGCAUCGACGGCUCCGUGCUGCCUUUUCUCGGGGGAUUUGGGAAGUACCAGAAACAGCUGAUCGUGCUGACAUGGAUCCCGGCGUUAUUUAUUGGAUUCAGCCAGUACUCUGAUAAUUUCCUCCUCGCCCAGCCGAACAACACAUGUAUCCAGCCUUUGGGGAACCUGUCUAAUCAGACUGCAAGCCAUUCCUCGUUGUUAGACAGUCCCAAAAACAUCAGCGCGCGGCCGGCUUAUAUAAAUGCCAAUGGAAGUUACGGCAGCCACAAUGACACCGCCAACAUGCAGUGUAGUUGCAGUGAGUGGACAUUUGAGCUGCACACAGGACUUGUACAGAACGUGGUCACCAAGUGGAGUCUGGUGUGUGACUCAGCAUGGAAAGUCCACAUUGCCAAGUUUUCUCUGUUGGUGGGAUCCAUCUUUGGAUACCUGACGUUUGGAAUCCUCGCUGACUGGUUCGGCCGCCACCCGGUGCUGAUCAUAUCGGUGCUGUUCAUGCUGGUGUUUGGUCUGACCGUGGCCUUCUCUGUCAACGUCCCCAUGUUCAGCACCCUGCGCUUCUUCGAAGGCUUCUGCCUGGCAGGGAUCACUCUUUCUCUCUACGUCCUCAGGAUUGAGCUGUGCCUGCCAGGAUGGCGUUUUUCCAUGACCAUGGUGGCCAGUUUUGUGGUGUUGGGUGGUCAGCUGCUGAUGCCCGGGGUGGCAUACCUCUGUCGCGACUGGCAGGUACUCCAGGCUGUCAUCAUCUGCCCCCUGCUGCUGAUGCUGUCCUACAUCUGGAUCUUCCCUGAGUCACUGCGUUGGCUGCUGGCCACUCAGCAGUACUGCCGCUCCAAGUGGAUCAUGGGACACAUAGCAAAGAAAAACCGAUGCAACAUGGAGCUUGACACCGAUAAUAUCCUUACAGAACUGCAGAGAGCUCUUCAAAAGAAACCCAAGAAGACGUGCAUUGUGAAAAUGGUCGGGACGCGAAACCUGUGGAAGAAUAUUGUUGUGCUCUGCGUCAACUCGCUAACAGGUUAUGGGAUCCACCACUGCUUUGCCCGCAGCAUGAUGGACCCUGAAGCUCAGGAGACAACCAUGUUCCACAACUUCUAUGCAGAUUAUUACACCAUGGCGGGCAUUGCGGUGGCCUCUUGCAUGGCGCUGUGCCCCGCGGUGGGCCUGAUGGGCCGGCGGGGGGGCCUGCUCAUGUUUAUGAUCAUCACUGCCCUGGCGUCACUGCUGCAGCUGGGCCUGCUUAAUCUGCUGGGGAAGUACAGUGGCCAUCUGAAUAUAGAUUACACAGGGACGCUGAAUAAGAACUUUUCCAUUGCAUUCUCCAUCAUCGGCAUGUUCUCCUCCCACGCAGUCAGCAACCUGAGCAUCUUCUUCUGUGCUGAGAUCACACCCACUGUGAUCAGGGGUGGCGGGCUGGGUCUGGUCCUAGCCAGCGCUGGCUUCGGCAUGCUGACUGCACCCAUCAUGGAGCUCCACAAUCAGAAGGGUUAUUUUCUUCACCACAUUAUCUUUGCCUGCUGCACUCUCAUCUGCAUCAUCUGCAUUCUCCUGCUGCCUGAGACGCGUUACCAGCCCCUCCCUGAGACCCUGGCCGAUGGCGAGAGCUACACCCGUCAACCUUUCAUUCCUCCGAGGAAACCUGGGGAGCAGGGCCUGCUGGUCCAAUCUGAGAGCAGCAGGGACUACACCAGGGUGCAUGACACGCCGCUCCACGAGAUAGCCGCCACUGCGGCGUCCACUAUGGAUUCCACCGCCUCUUCAGCUGUUGAUUUGACCGCUCCGUCAGUCGCAGAUAUAUUGGCUCCCACGUUCAUGGAGGUGCAUACUGGCAAGCCUGAGCCUAAAGACCCCAACGGUCACUCUGUUUCGUCUUUGUCCAUGACUCCCCUCAAAGUCUUGGGUAAAGACAGCGUCAUACAUGUCAGUAAAGAGCACCUGCUGUCUUCCACUCCUCUACACAAACCCCCGUGCGUCACAGACCCACUUUUAGCCAAUGCUGAAGAACCUCCAGCAAUAGUCCUGGAAUCUGUUGAUCCACUGACGGAUCCUGUCAUUCUUGAAAUGAAUGACAUUGGUCCUUCACCUACAAAAGAGUCAGUUGCUACCCCUUCCCCUUCAUUAGAACCUUCCACUCCCCCCAUCUCUCAAACUGUGCCUGCCUCCUUAUUGAUCUGCACCACGCCCAUCAUCGAACCCCCGCCUAGCUCCACGUUAGAAUCCCCCAGCCCGGUGGGACAUGAGAUCAACGAUAUCGCCCCACACGCACCUUUGCUAGAGCCCACUCAUGCCACUUUAGAGGACUCCCUUACUCCAUCUAUGCAUGACGGCCUUCCUCCAUCCCCUACCCCCUCUGCUCCGAUUACAGAUCUCAUAGACAACACUUCCUCUGAUGCUCCACCCCCCAUUAGCGCACACACUGACAUUCCCAUCCACUUAGAAAUAGUAGAAGAUUCUACAUCUACUCCUCCCACUAGAGACUCCCCCAUACCUCCUGUCAUACACCCCCAGUCGCCGCAGUUGGACCCCACCUCUCCCUGUGUCAAUGAAAUAUCUCCUUGUUCUCCUUCUCCCCCUAGCCCAAUCACCGUUUCCCCUUCACCCACUCCCCCUCCACCCAUUGACUCAGGCCAUACGCCUCCAGAGCCCUCUUCCACUCCCCCUGUCAUAGAUACUGUCAACACCACUGCACCGGUUCCUACCAUUCUCCCUGUCACAGACAUUGUGCACACUUCCACUCCAGAAUCUACCACUCUGACUGUUCAGCCCACGCAGGAUUCAGCUGCUUCCCUCGCCAUAGAUUCAGCGCCAACUUCAGGCUCUACAGAAGCAACUCCCCUCUCUCUAAUGGACUGCACCGUCUCCUCCCCCAUAGACUCUGGUAUGCUUUCCCUUAGGGACAGUGCCAGCACAGACAACAACACCGUCAAUGGUGUGGCGUCAUUAUGAUCCAGCGUUGCAACCAGGAGGAGAAGCUUUACGGUUGCACGAGGAAGCAGCCCAUGCCACAUGAAUAACCCCAAAGGGGGUGAUGAGGGGGGCGUGAACUGUCCUACUCAGACUUCAGGCACUUACUGAGAGACUGUCCCCACCUGGAGUUGAGUAGACAUGUCUUAUGGAGAUGCUGUAUGUUUCUCAAUGUCUCCCUCCCCCCCCGACCCUUCCUGCAUUUAGCCAAUAAAUGAGACCACGUAAGUGAGAGAGUGCCAGAGGCUGGUUUGUGACAAUGUGACAGUAUCUUCUGCUCUUUUUGAAUGUCACUGGAAAUCACCAGCCUAUAAACUACUUUGAUGUAAAUGAAUGGGAAAUCACUGUCUGUCGUUUUAAAGAGACUUGCAACUAUACCCACAAUCACUGAGAGGACUGGUGAGAAUACGAUGAUGCUUAAAAACAAAAAACAAAAAAAAUCAAAUCACUGGUACUUUUGCUCAAAUGAAAUGUCCGUCUAACAUAUUUGUAUAAAAACAUCGCCUUACCUGUAUGGACAGAAAAAAAAACAAAAAAAAGAAGCUGAAUGUUACAGCAUAUUUUUUGCUAUUGCAGAGGUAAACAAUCCAAAUUGGAGUGAUUUUUCUAAAUGCAACGCCAAAAACUACUCUGACCAAAAUCAAAUGUAGACAUAGUGCCAAAAAACAAAAAAGCAUAAAUACAGUAUUUGCCUGUUUGGUGCAUUCCCCUGCUAUCAACUCUAUGUGGAUUAAAGUGAACCCUGUUUCAAAGUUCAGAAAUUGAAAAUAAUUGAAUUGUUAAUCAAAUUAAUAAAAGACUGAAGCUAAAUCACCGUUUGAUAAAUCAGAGUUUAGAAAUGAGAUUGCUAAAUUAAGAGAAAAGAAUGACCCAUAUUUUGUCGCUCUGAAAAACUUUGAUUUGUCCGAUUGUUUCAGUCAGUGGAAUUAAUGGUAUGCAAAUGCUUUUAUUUGUAAAUGUGAUAUUGUAAGUAAUUGCAUAAUUAGUUGUUGGGCUUCAGUCUUUUUUUUUUUUUUUUAAAUUGAAAGUAUUAUUUUUGAAUAAUCUCUCAUGGCGUGCCCUUACUGUACAAAGCUAUAUUACAUUCUUACAGUAUUUGCGGCACCUCAGUGUGAUGCCACUUUAUUCUUUGCAGUUGGGACAAAGCAUGAAAAAUAAUUGUGAACGUGUCAGCAAAACAAACCUUAAAAUGCAAACCUUAAAAACACACAGAAGCUAUCUUUGAAACGAAACCAAUGGAUGACAAAAUGUUUGAUGUGAUAACCAACUGUCAUCGCUAACCUUCCGUGUGUUCUCCCAAAUCAUGUUCCGGCAUUAACAUAGUUUAUGUACUGUAUGUCAGAGUGCUCAUACAUUCACAUGCACAACAAAGUUUACCUUUAAAAACAUGCAAUACGUCAUACAUGUCAAAAAUGACAUUUUAAAAUACAGGUCAAAUCCUCAUUUAUAGGUAGAUUAACCUCUUCAUGAUCUUAAAUUGACAAACUCUUGCUUAAGGAGGCACUUUCUCUUCCAAAGCCUGUGUCCAUGUGUGGACAGUGUUAUACUUGACUAGUGUGUAACUCGACAGGUGUAGUUACACUUUUUUGAGGUUGUAAUAUUUGUCGGAGAAAGAUGUACAACUGCGGAUAGACCACUGUUUACAAUGUAAUAAUGAAAAAUAAUAAUAAUUACACUUUACUGCACAACAUAGGAGCCAACUGAAUGAUGUCUUGUCAUUUUGAAAUGUGAUAAAACUCACAGUAUAUCAUAUUACAUCUCUACAGGGAGUAUUGGUGAUCUAUUAAGGUGUCAUUCAGGAGUCAAAGACAACAGCAGACUUGUGUUAUUCACACCAUCUUGUGGUGCACUUAAGAAGAACCUUACAGGUACUCUACUCACCAAAAUCCUCUUUUGCUUUCAUCUAUGUGCACUGACAGAGGUUGAAUGAUUGAGCAAACCUGCCUGUGUUUUUUUUCCUUCCUCAAAUGCAGCUUCAAUUUAUCGAUCUUUCGGUGGAUCAAGUCAACAAACUUCCAUUUAGUGUUCCGGUUCAUAGAAACAUUUAGUGUCUAACAUGCCAUGCUGCUAAGCCUCAAAGCACAAUGCCCUGCAAUCAUGUGAUGUCAACUUUGGUGGAGCUUGGCGUCUUGACAGUUCAAGAAAAAAAAAAAAAAAAAAAAAGGGAAA